AUGUCCCGCUUGUAUCAGCGCUCGUACCCGGUCGUCGACGCUGUCGCGCUGGCGUGCAUUGUAGGGGCUUGGAUACUGAUAUUUGCGACCCCCUUUCAUCGCAUGUUCUCCCUCGACAAUAAAAGUAUCCAGUAUCCCUUCGCUGUCGUGGAGAGAGUUCCCGUUGUUUGGUCUAUCGUCUAUGCUGGGGUCAUUCCGUUUCUUGUCCUCCUCGCCUGGGCAGCUGUGUUCCGUCCAUAUCCUCACAAGGUCCAAGUGACCUUGCUGGGCUUCCUCAUCGCGCUUAUGCUAACGAGCCUUAUCACCGAUAUCAUAAAGAACGCCGCUGGGCGACCUCGCCCUGAUUUCAUUUCUCGCUGUUUACCAAGGAAGGGUACCCCCAAGGAUUUGUUGGUCUCAUGGACGGUGUGCACUCAAACCAACGAGCACAUCCUACAAGAAGGAUGGAGGAGUUUUCCCAGUGGCCACAGUAGCUUCUCAUUUGGUGGACUCGGUUAUAUGUCAUUAUUCCUCUCCGGUCAAAUGCACGUCUUCAGACCGAGGACCGACCUCUGUCGCUGCCUUGUGGCUUUUGUUCCGCUCCUCGGCGCUCUGUUAAUUGCCAUUUCUCGUCUGGACGACUACCGUCACGAUGUGUACGAUGUUACUUGUGGAUCGCUGCUUGGGUUGACGGUAGCUUAUUUCUCGUACCGACGAUAUUAUCCGGCCCUUCGGUCAAUCAAGUGCGACUGCCCCUAUGGCAGAGACGAUAUUAUCGGCCCAGAUGGAUUCUCCAAACUGCCUGGUGAUGAGGAACAGCAACUGCCGGGCUCAGCAUCUGUUGCGCGUCAAUGGGAUGCUCGGGAAUCCUAUCAACUUGCGGAGUCUGCAUCCUCUUAA